UACAGAUUCACGGAUACAUUGAUAUGCCUGUUUGACCUGAAUAUAAAAUUAUUUUUAUUACUAUACCACCAUUUAUUGUAGAAAUAUACUUUUGGGAAAUGGCCUCUAAAUCUUGGCUGAAUUUUUUAAUCUUCCUCUGUGGAUCAGCAGUUGGAUUUGUUUUAUGUUCUCAGCUGUUUAGUAUUUUGUUGGGAGAACAGGAUGACACCCAACCUAAGAUUCUUCAUAAUGAUCCUCAUGCUAGGCAUUCAGAUGAUAAUGGACAGAAUCAUCUAGAAGGACAGAUGAACUUCAAUGCAGAUGCUAGCCAACAUAAAGAUGAGAACACUGACAUCGCCGAAAACCUCUAUCAGAAGGUUAAAAUUCUUUGCUGGGUUAUGACAGGACCUCAAAAUCUAGAGAAAAAGGCUAAACAUGUCAAAGCUACAUGGGCCCAGCGCUGUAAUAAAGUGUUGUUUAUGAGUUCAGAAGAAAACAAAGACUUCCCUGCUGUGGGAUUAGAAACCAGAGAAGGUAGUGACCAGCUAUACUGGAAAACAAUUAAAGCUUUUCAGUAUGUUCAUGAUCACUAUCUAGAAGAUGCUGAUUGGUUUAUGAAAGCCGAUGACGAUACAUAUGUUAUACUAGACAAUUUGAGAUGGCUUCUCUCAAAACACAGCCCUGAAGAACCCAUUUACUUUGGGAGAAGAUUUAAGCCCUAUGUUAAGCAGGGCUACAUGAGUGGAGGAGCAGGAUAUGUACUGAGCAAAGAAGCCUUGAAGAGAUUUGUUGAUGCGUUUAAAACAGAGAAAUGUACACAUAGUUCCUCCAUUGAAGAUUUAGCACUGGGAAGAUGCAUGGAAAUUAUAAAUGUAGAAGCGGGAGAUUCCAGAGAUACCAUUGGAAAAGAAACUUUUCAUCCCUUUGUACCAGAGCACCACUUAAUCAAGGGUUAUCUACCUAAAACAUUUUGGUACUGGAAUUAUAACUAUUACCCUCCUGUAGAGGGUCCUGGUUGCUGUUCUGAUCUUGCAGUUUCUUUUCACUAUGUUGAUCCUACAACCAUGUAUGAGUUAGAAUACCUCGUUUAUCAUCUUCGUCCAUAUGGAUAUUUAUACAGAUAUCAACCUGCCUUACCUGAAAAUACACGGAAGGAAAUAAGUCAAGCAUACAAAAAUGAAGAUCCAAAGUAAAAUUUGGGAAACCUUGAAAGAAAAGCAUAAAUGAACAGAGAUGUUGCGCCUUUUACAAGGCAAGAAAAAAUUUUCUCUCCUCAAGAAAAAAAAAAAAAGAUAACGACUCGCUUUAUUGCGACACUUGCUUUAUCGUGGUGGUCUGGAACUGAAACCGCAAUAUAUCUAAGGUACUAUGCUGAGUCGCCAUUGUCUCUUCUAAAUAUGUUUAACCAUUCUUGGAUACCAUUUUCAACUAUUAAUAUUUACUCAGAGCUUUAAAGCAUUUGAUUAAAUAUUUUGUUCCCAUAUUUACCCAUUGUUAAUUAUGGGUAACUAAUAAAUAGUAACUUUAAUGCUGCUUGGGGAAUGUUUUUUGAUAUCACUGCCACUCAGGAAUUACUAAGCUACACUUUUAAGUGAUCAUUUAAAACUCUUUCCAACUACAUAAUUAUAGUUUUUUUAAUUCUUAUCCUGUUGAGAGAUAACUUGUUUUGUGCCUUUCAUAACUUCUUUAAAGCAGUUUUAAAAUUCAUUUUUAGGAUCUAAGGUGGUUAUUAAUUACACUGGCAAAAUAAUUUGAAUGCGAGAUUUUGACCAGAGUUAAUUAAAAACAUUAGAAAAUGCACAAUGCUUAAACAAGCUGAAAUAUGUCAGGUAUUAAAAGACAAAAUGCUUAUUUUAUGACUAAUAUCUAAAUUUGAUGCUGAUUUAUGUACAGGGUGGGGCAAAAGUAGGUAUACAGGUGUUCAUAUAGAAAAUAAUACAAUAAUUAAUAAAUAAUACAAGAAUAAAUGCUAUUUUGUCCCAUCCUCUAUUUGGGGAUGAUUGUAUUGCCAAUAGAUAGAUAAUUCCAGUUGAGCAGAAUACCCAUUCAAGACUGUCAUCAAAAACACAUUCAUGAAUAUUUUGUUCUUAUUUUAGUGACCCUCUAUUUAAAGAGUUUCUGGAAGGGAAAAAAAAAAUGGUUUUUUGUUAUCUUUAGCAUAUUACCUGAGUGUAUCAUAACAAUAUUUUACAGACUUUCUGUAAGAUUAUCAUAAAUGGUACAACUGAUUUAUAUUUCUCUUAUGUUUAUCAUGCUAAUUUCACAUGGCUGUCACACCAUUGACUCUUAUGUUUAGCUAAAUAGUUUAUAUUUAUUGUGCCAAAACAUGUCAAAACUAUGACCUCUUUAGAUGGUAUAGUUGAGAGAAUGUUCAUCUUAGUGGCCAAUUAUGGAUACUAUGUCUAUGUAGUGAAAACUCACACCAAUUUUUACCUAUUAAAUUGUUUUUUAUUGUUUUCAUGAUGGUCAUCUGCUAAAAUUUUAAGGCAUUCACUCUGUUCUUGAACAGCUCUUUGCUUUGGUGUGGAUAUGAAUUUAUCUGAGUCCAUAUUUGCUACUUUUCUGUACUAGAAGUAUAAAUAGUUUAUUAUAAACAUCCAAAAACCUUAAAAUUUACUCAAAGGAAAUGAACAUUGUGAUAAAUCCUGGGGUCCUGAGUUAGACUACCUGGGUUUAAAUUCUCGCUUCAUCACUUACUAGUUUUGUAACCUUGAGCAAUUUCCUUAAUCUCUCUGUGCCUCAAUUUCCUCAUCUGUAAAUUAGGGACAGUAACACUACCUACCUCACAGGAAUUUUAUGAGGAUUAAAUGAGUGAAUAUAUGUAUGGCUUUUAGAAUACUGUCUGGCCCAGAGUAUGAAGCAAUAAAUAUAAGGUUUUAGUCUGUUAACUUGGAGUGUAAAUAUUUGUUUCAAAUGAAUGAAAAAUUGCUUUAAUCAAAUCAGAUAUUGAAGGAAAUAUUUUAUUCAUUUCUUAUAAGUAAUAGCUAGUUUUUAUCUGAUGCAUAUUAUUUGCCAAUUACUGUGCUUAGAUACUCUUUGUACAUUAGUGUUAAUCCUCACAAAUUGGAUGCUAUUCCCAUAUUAUGGAUGUGAAAACUGAGGCUCAGAGUUAAAGUACAUUUUCCACUGUCACAAAGCUAAUAAGUAAUAGCUGGGAUUUCUACUCAAAGCCUAUGUGUUCUUUGUACCGUAUCAGCCCAGAGGUUAGUCAUUUAGCAUUUUUUCCAUUUUUACUUACUGACAUGUGAUAGAUACAUUGGCCAAUAAUAGUAAAAUUAACCAACUUGUCAUGAUGCUUCUCAGAUUGUGGUUUUUAUACUCUUACCCGGGAACUUGUUAAAACACCAGUUUCAAGACCCCAAGCCCAGAAAUUCUGAAUCUAGCAUGGGACCCAGGACUAUUUUUCAUUCUUACUAGAUACCCUUAGACUGUGGUUCUCAAAGUGUGGUCUAAAUCUACAAUGUAUCAGUAUCGUUUGGGAAAUUGUUGGAAAUGCCAUCUCCUGGGCCUUGCUCAUACCUACUGGAGGCUAGAGUCAUGUUUAAACAAGCCCUCCGGGUGAGGCUUAUUCAUCCUAGUUUGAGAACCUAAUAAGCUCUGUGUGAUUCUGAUGCAGGUGAUCCUUGGGACAUACUAAGGAUUGACUGCUGUGUAAGUAAAGUAUCUUUCAAAGAUUUAGAUAAGGCAUUUUUAAAGUAAGUGUAGUCCAUUUUUAAAGUAAAUGUAAGACUUUAAAGCUGAUUUAAAGGGUCAGUGGAUCAUUUAUUUUGGCAAAAUUCUUUAGCUUCUUCAGAGUGACUAACAUCAGGACCCACACCGUAAAAUCUAUAGUUCUUUGAGUUUAGGAAUUUCACAUUAGUGCAGGAAGGAUUCAUUAAGUAGUACUAAUUCAUUAAAAACAUCCUAAAUGAGUGUCAUCCCAAAUGCCCACUGUUGUUAAUAAAAAUGUUUAAAUAGAGAUAGCAAAAUACUCUUUUACAAUAUGCAUAAUGGGUUGGGGGUUUUUUUGCUAAUUUUGACACUAUCAAAAUUUCAUUACUUUUAAAAUCAGUUGACUGUCCUACAUGACCUUAAAAAGCAAAAAAUUCAAGUAUUUGAUAAAGUACAUAAAAACAGAUUUCAGAUAAUACAGAUAAUACUGACUUAUAUUUUAAAUUAAGAUCUCUGUCAUUUGGAUAAAUGAUUUUAAUGUGGCCUCUCCAUUACAGUAUGCUUGUAUUUUCAAUUGGGAAGUUCAUAGAUGAUGCAAAGCAGAUUGUUGUCCCAGAGUUAAAUUAAUUGUUUUUAGAUGCUUUAAAUUUCAGAGGAGCAUUUGCUACUAUAAGAAGAUUAGAAAAUAAAUCACUGACCAGUUUUGAAUAUUUUUUGGAAUAUGGUUAUUGGAUUUGGGCAUUUAAUUUGCUAACUGAUUAUUUUCAUAAUUGUUUUUGAGUGUUAAUUUUUCACUUCCUUGAGCCUGUCAAACAGCAGUGUCCCCAAAAAAUGUAUACACACUUUUUUGGAAUUAGUAAUUAUUACAUUUUUGGGGGGACAUCCUAUAUAUUACCAGCUUGAAGAUUGAAAAUCCCUCACUUGAUUGAUUCGAUAAAAUCUGUCCUUUUAUUCUCCAUUUAAAUUUUCAGUUUAGAGUAUUAUGUCUUUGACAGUUUCUGCUUCUUUGUAUUGAUUGCCCUUUCUUUAUUUUCUAAAACUAUUCUCCAUUUUCUAACUUCUCUUCCUCCCACCCUGCCAACUACUCUUAAUAUUGCCUUUACAAGGUUAAUUAGCUGUUAUUAGUGAUUAGAAUUUGCAUUGCUUAUUGAUAAUUUCAUACCUAUUAACUUUAAGUUUCCCUAUGAGUUUAGAAGUAAAAAUCUGUCUAAGAAUAAUGUCUGCUGGCUCUCCGAAUAUUGCCCUACUUAAAAGUCUACAAUUUUAAACUAAUUCUAGAUAUAUAAUUAUUAAAUGAAGUAAAGUUAUUUAUAUUCCACCUCCCCCCUUUCACAAAACAAACCAAAAAACUCAUUUGCCUGAUUUCUCUACUUUAUAGUAGGCCUGACAGAAACAUACUUAAUAAAUCUGGGGGAUAACCUGUGGUUUAAUUUAUGCUAAAAUGUAACUUUUCUUUAAAAUUACUUAUGUUUAUAUAAUUACUUAUGUUGAAAUAGAAAUUUUAAUACAGAUUAGACUAAGAAAUUUUACCGAUUCUCUAUAGAGAAACCAAUCUAAAACUAGUGUUCUGUUUCAACUUCUUUACCUCUCUAGUUUUCAGUUUAUAUCAGUACAGUUUAAAUAACUUUGCAGGGCCCUGCAAAUUAAUAAUUCAUAUAAGGUAUGUUAUUAGAGGGAAACUAAUCUUACUGCUAAGCAGUGUGCUAUAUUACACAGUGAAUGUUUGUGUUUUGGAAUUUAAAAACUAUGUAAGGUAAUAGUGUCAUGAAUGGUUUAACAAUGUCUGGUGACUUGCUUAUUUUAAGUGAUCACCGAUAAGUCAGAGAAAUGUAUUUUUAAAUAUGUUUUUUAAAGUGCCUUUUGAACAUUUUUAAAUAAUGGAUUUAAACAAUUGAGUAAAAUAAAUUACCAUGUUUAAAGCUG